GUUUUAUAGCUUUUAUUGCACGCGAAGAAACUGGCACUAGCUAUGUCGCAAGAAAAUAUGGCGGACGUAGAAAUGAAUACAAGCGAUGGUGAAACUUCGCCAGAAAAACAGGAAACAGAUGAGCAGAUGGACGUAACUGAAGAGCCUGAACUAGACAAUUUUGCGAAGGCUGAUGCUAAAAAGCAAGAAGGAAACAGAGAAUAUAUCCAGAAAAACUAUGAAGCGGCCGUUAAAUUGUACACAGAAGCAAUAGAGCUAGCUCCCACAGUAGUUACAUAUUAUGGGAAUCGUUCAGCGGCAUACAUGAUGAUCGGGAAUUAUGACAAGGCUUUAGAAGAUGCUCAGACUGCCAUCAAAACUGAUGAGAAUUUUAUGAAGGGUUAUUUCAGGGCUGCUAAAUGUCACCUUGUCAUGGGAUCCAUUGGGAAUGCAAGAAACUAUUUGCAGAAGGUUCUUGAGAAGGAUCCUAAAAACAAAGAUGCUCAAGAUGAUCUGCGCACAGCAACAAGGGCUCAAGAUUAUGAGUCAUCUGCAUUUAAAGCUCACGAUGAGGAGGAUUACAGAAAGGUUAUCUAUUACUUGAAUCAUAUCCUCGAAAGUUGUCCUGCUUGUGCACUUUACAAAGUAAUGAGAGCAGAAGCUUAUUGCCUGAUGGGGAAAUACAGUGAUGCAUUAAGAGAUGUGCAGAAUAUCUUAAUAGAUGACUCAUUAAAUUCUGAUGCACUUUAUGUAAAAGGGCUCUGUUUAUACUAUCAGGACUAUGUUGACAAAGCGUUCCAACAUUUUAGUCAAGUUUUAAGGAGAGAUCCAGACCAUAAGAAAGCAAGACUGGCAUUAAAGAAAGCGAAACAUUUACAAUCCAAGAAGGAUGAGGGAAACGAGGCUUUCACCCGUGGGAAAUAUCAACUGGCUUAUGACACGUACACUGAAGCAUUGACAAUUGACCCGCGCAAUAAAUCAACAAAUGCUAAGCUGUGUUACAACAGAGCGCUGGUCUGCUCCAAGUUAAACCAAACAGAGAAGGCUAUUGAGGACUGCAGUCAAGCUGUAGAACUGGAUUCGACUUACCUAAAGGCUUACAUCAAGAGAGCAAGAUGCUACAUGGAAACAGAAAAAUUCGAAGAGGCCGUACGAGAUUUCGAGAAAGUGUGUAAAAUGGACAGAUCUCGAGAGUAUCGACGUCUGCUGGAGGAAGCAAAAAUGGCUUUGAAAAAGAGCAAAAGAAAAGAUUACUACAAAAUUUUAGGGAUUGCUAAAGGUGCCACUGAAGACGAAAUAAAGAAAGCUUACAAAAAAGAAGCGCUGAAACAUCACCCAGAUCGUCAUUCUGGGGCAACAGAAGAAGUCAAGAAAAGUGAGGAGCUGUUGUUCAAAGAGGUAAAUGAAGCUUACAGUGUGCUAUCAGACCCCAAGAAAAAGGCAAGAUAUGACUCGGGUCAAGAUCUCGAAGACGGCAUGAUGAUGUCAGAUAUCGACCCCAGAGAUAUAUUUCAAGCAUUUUUCGGAGGGCAUGGAGGAUUCAGUGGGUUUAACUUUGGAGGACCUGGAGGUGGUGGCUUCCCCGGUGGUUUCCAGUUUACAUUUGGUUAACUUCUUCUUUUGCCAUCUUCCAUUAUCCACAAAUAUAUCACAAAAAUAUAAUGCUGACAAGACCACUAGAUCGAGGCAUCUUUUUCGCAAUAAUAACAUUAUUUCUUGCACAAGGAGUGUCAGUUCAAACUCCAGUGACACGCAAUUUUGCGUUCAGGUUGACAAUGGCGGAUAAUUUGUUGGAAGGAGAGAGAGGAUCAAGAUAGGGAAUGACGUAAUUCAAAUCGCGUGUUAAUCAACAGAGAAGCUAAUUCAUUCGUCUGGUUUACUAUCAGGAGGAACUUCCCCUCCCUUCCCCUCCCUUCCCCGUGUUUCUCCCUUUUUCGCGCCCCCCCUCCCCCGCCUCCCCACUCCCUAACAUGGUAUAUUGAGUGUUAAUUUAAUCUGAAACGCAUUCUAUAGCAUCUUUUGUAGUAGAACAAAUCGACAAACGUAGAUGUGAAAUGAUCUCCAUGAUCUUUAUAAAUUUAUCUAAGUAGUUUUAUAAUUUUUAUUUUGUCAUUUUUAUUUUUAUUUUAUCUCUAAAACUUAACCCUUUUUCACCUAAGAGUUAAAUUUCAAUUCUCCACACUGUUUGCCGUACAUGUCUUGGAAUUUUAGCGCUAAGAAUUUGAUGUUAAAUCAGACGUUCUCCCCCAGCAUAUAGUUUUUUCAGUCUUUUAAAAGCCGUUCAAACGGAAAAUCUAUUGACAGGAUCAGGUGAGAAUUGUUGUGAUCUCCUAGGAGUGAAAGGGUUGAUCAGUUUUCGUUCUAAACUGGUUACUGAGUGUUUCCUAUAGUUUCAAACUUUGUGUUUACAGUUACAUAGCAGUUCUACGAAGGCGUGGUUUUGCGGAUGGCUUAAAGAAGUAUUUUGUUAUAGAUAGAUGCUGGUAAAUAAAAUCUGAAGUCAUUA